AUGUAUGAUAAUGAGUUUGAUUAUAGAAUUAUAAAUGGGUUCCCAUUAAAUUUCAAAGAAAAAGGUAAAGAACCACAACCAAUAGUUCCAGAAAUUAACAAUAUUAAUAGUAAUGAUUGUAAAAAUAAAAAAGAUUGCAGUGAUAAUGGUGGUAUGGAAUUGGAAGUUGAAAUUGAUACAUCAAAAUUGGAACCAAUCGAUAAACUUGGAAAUUUGCAGUGUAUAGAUUUCCAUCAAGGUAGUGGUGAUGUUAAUGAAAUGGCAAUUCAUAUUUCAAAGUUCAAAAAUCAUGAAGUGCAUAAACUUGCAAUUGCUUACAUUGCAAAUCAUGACCCAAAAUAUAAUAUGGCAGGUAAUUUACAAUUAUUUGAUGCUAGGAAAGGAACUGUAUAUUAUUUACAAGGACAUUAUGAUUAUCAUACAGAAACUACAAAUGAAAAACUAUGGAAAUCUGUCACGGACGUGAAAUUUUCCCAGGGAGGGAAAUUUAUUUACUCUUGUUCUACUGAUAAAAAAGUUAUUAUCUGGUCAUCAAUAGGUAAAGAAGAUCAAAUUUGUACUCCCUUGGCAGCUGUAGAAUGUGAAGACACUGUAAAUCGCAUUGUUGCUAAACAUGACAAAUCUAAGGCCACGUAUCAAUUUGCAUCAUGUGACAAUUCAGGCAGCAUCACAUGUUUUAGUUUGAACGCAGAUGAAGGCAAUUCUUAUAAGUUAGAUAAAAAUAUUUUGCAAGUGAAAACAAAAACAACAAGUGCUCCACCUAUUGUUGACAUAAUUUAUGGUAUUGACUAUUUUGAUCAGACCAUCAUUGCCGGUUUUGAAGGAGUUGAAUCACAGAAAGAUGGUUUUAUAAGGUUAUGGGAUAUAGAAACAAAAAGAAAGUUAACUGACUAUAAGAUAGGCAGUAACAAUAGUGUGAGUUGCUUGGGAAUGUCAACAUCUGGAUAUCGGGUGGCAUGUGGGGUGACAUCAACUAGUGACCAGGUUAGGAGUGAUGGGAAUAUACGUUUGAUUGAAUUAGAAUCUAACGAAAAGAAAAUAUAUCAAACCAAUGAAUAUGAUUCAAAUGUUAUUGCAUUUUCACCAGAUGAUCAAUAUAUUGCAUUGGGAGGGGUGGGGAAUAAAGUUUGGGUAUUUGAUACAAGAUAUGAAAACAAGCCACUUCGAAUGCUUUCUCACACUACCCCAAAUGAUGGACUGAUAUAUGAGGGAAUCAAUGGAAUUCAAUGGAUUAAUAGUAACAUGAUUUUAACUGGAGGCUCAGAUGGUAUUGUUAAGUUAUGGAAUAUUAAUAAAUCAGAUAAUUCAUCCACUUGUUUGAAAUACGAAUUCCCAGAACAUGAUAGCCCAAUAACAUGUAUCAGAGCAAAUGAAGAUUUGAAUUAUUUGUCAGUUGGUGUGUCAACAGGACGUGUUUACUUAUACUCUACUGAUCAAGCUGUAUUGAAUAAUAGGGACAAUAUUAAAUUUUAUUGCCGUAAUGAAUAG